CGCGCGCUGAUACUGUUACAGUGUUUCGUGCCAUCGAGACGUCUCAAAGGAAAGUAAUGACCGUUUGUGUUUUUAAAUAACAAGACUUGCGCGUUCGUUUUUUAUCUCCAGAACACCUUGGAUUUAAUCUACAGAUCGAUAGUGGGUCGUUGGAAAUGCCAAAGAAGAUGACAGCUAGCUACUGGAUGAUCUGUCUGUUUCUGCUGGGAUCUGUCACAAAGUUCAUUGUUUUAGCCAGUCCUGAGGUAAACGAAAGCCAGCAACAACAUCCUCAAAAUGUGUACCAUGACAUCGGUGUUACCAGAAACAAGAUUGUGACGGCACAGUUCGAGUGCUAUCAGAAGAUUAUGAAGGACAACAGUCAAGACAAAAGAGCUGGCCCGGUGUGCAACAGGACCUGGGAUGGAUGGUUGUGUUGGGACGACACAGAAGCUGGUGUCACCUCUGAGCAGCACUGCCCUGACUAUUUCCAGGACUUUGACCCUACAGAAAUGGUCACAAAAAUAUGUACAGAGAGCGGGCGGUGGUUCUUGCAUCCUGAGAGUAACCGCACAUGGACAAAUUUCACCAGAUGUAAUCUGCUCACUACUGAAGGACGCAGGACUGCAAUGAAUUUGUUCUACUUGGCGUUAAUAGGUCAUGGGCUCUCUUUAACAUCUUUGUUAAUCUCACUAGGCAUAUUCUUUCAUUUCAAGAGUUUGAGCUGCCAGAGAAUUACCCUGCACAAAAACCUUUUCUUGUCCUUUGUAUUAAACUCCAUCAUCACUAUCAUUUGGUUAACAGCAGUGGCAAACAACCAAGAGCUGGUUCAGGAAAACCCAAUCAGCUGCAAAGUAUCCCAGUUUAUCCAUCUGUACAUCUUUGGAUGCAACUACUUCUGGAUGCUUUGUGAAGGGAUUUACUUGCACACACUCAUUGUUGUGGCAGUUUUUGCUGAAAAACAGCAUUUAAUGUGGUACUACCUUCUUGGAUGGGGUUUCCCACUUAUACCCGCUACAAUACAUGCAGUAGCCAGAAGUUAUUACUACAAUGAUAAUUGUUGGAUCAGCUCAAGCACUUCUCUGCUAUACAUUAUUCAUGGCCCUAUCUGUGCAGCACUGCUGGUGAACUUGUUCUUUCUGCUAAACAUCGUACGAGUUCUCAUCACCAAACUGAAAGUGACGCAUCAUGCAGAGUCUAGUCUGUAUAUGAAAGCUGUCCGCGCCACGCUCAUUCUGGUUCCACUGCUGGGCAUCCAAUACGUUCUCCUCCCAUACAAACCUGGGGGACGCGUUUCUGCUGAAAUCUACGACUACAUUAUGCAUAUCCUAAUGCAUUAUCAGGGACUGUUGGUGGCUACAAUCUUCUGCUUUUUCAACGGAGAGGUCCAAGCGGUUUUGAGAAGGCACUGGAAUCAGUACCGCAUACAGUUUGGAAGCACCAUCAUACAGUCUGAUGCUCUGAGGUCUGCAUCAUACACUGCAUCCUCCAUUACGGAGGUCCAGGGCUGUUACAGCAUCGACGGCCACACAGAACACUUGAAUGGCACAAACUGCCAUGACACUGACAACAGCACCUUAAAACCAGAGAAUCCCUUUGCCUGAUGCCACUGAAUGUGGCAGUAUGCCGCUUUAAAAAAUAAAUAAAUAAACUGUUGGAUAUAGCGACAGCUGUCACAUUGCUGACUUGGACCUUUUUACCCAUAAUUCACUGCUCUAUCUCUCUGAAGGGUGGAGAAAAGGCAUUUCUCCUAGAAUUUACACUGAAAAACAUUUUGCUACCUUCAUUUAAUGUUAAGUGGAUAUAAGCAUUACUGGCCUGGUCUUUGUACUUUACAGUAUUUCAGUUUGCGCAACUGCUGUGCGCAGUGGAAUUAAGUGUAAAUAUUCCGUUCUUUUGUCAGAUUUCAUGUGUAAUGCACUUCUUUGUCUUAUAUUUGUCCCGGUGAUGAUAAAAAUGAAUUAUAAAUCUAAUCCAAAUGAUGACCACACUAAUAGGAAAAAAAAAACGGUAUGUAUGUUGAAACAAAAAAAUUAAGAGUGCCCAAAAGCCAGUGCCACUUUUUCUUUUAUAAUAAUGACUUGGGGUAAAUCUUCUAUUUUCCUGUGCAGACCGUAUUAUAAACAAUUAUUGUUCAUCUGGACAAUAACUAUAUUGAAACUUUGAAGAUUUAGUAUUAUUAGUAUGCUCUAUUUUAGUCGCUAAUUUAUUUGAAGGAGUCAUCGUAAAUCACAGCACUUCACAUCCGUUAUUUGACACAAAUCUCAGAUAGUGUGAGUAUUCUGUAUAAUAAUUAAUAAACACUUGUUUUAGGGACCCCUAAAAAUGACACUGGAGAUUGAACCAGAAUUUAUGUAACAUUUCUAGGUUUAGUAAGAACUCAGUGUGGAGCAUUACAGUACAAAAGCAUGCUUACCACUUUAUUUAAAAUAUAUUUCUCAACUUAUAUGCUUAUUUUUUCACAAUUAAAUUUAUACUACACAUGCCACAUUUUCAGUGUUUUUUGACUUCAUAUUUCUUAACAUGCUUGUAGUGCUCAGUCAUGUAUGUUUCUUUUAAUACGUUGCUUUUGUGAAAUAAGGUACAAUAAUCCGCCACCUAGAGUGUUACUCAGGAACUUUUCCUAUAACAUGCUUGGAGAGUUUGAGGUCUCGCUCUCUUGUGUCAAAGGCAGGGAUUCCUUUCACCCACUCUACCUAAAUUCAAUUACAUUCCAUAUGAUUUGAAUAAUGUACCCACUGUUAAUUUCCUUUGAUGUCACAGCGUUACCUAAACUCGCUCCAUUUUAGACUUCUGACAAUCAACAAUCCGACAACCAGUUUUCAUAAUGCUUAAAGGAAUAGUUCACCCAAAAAUUGCCGUUAUUUACUUACCUU